UCUUCUUGGUUACAUGGCAAUCUUGACAUUCUCUCUGUGCCUUGAAAUGUAUAAAGUUUCAACUAGUCGAUCAGCUGAAGUUAUGCUAAGUGCAGCUUCAUACACCACAGUGGCUCUAUGGGGUUUCAUUGCUCUAUUUGGACUGCCGGCUGAACUGAUGGUAACAGAGGUAAACGAGAUAUAUGGCAGCAUAUACUCCAGCGCAUGGUACAACUAUCCAGAGGAAAAACGUACUGUAUUGAUGAUUAUAACAAACGCUCAAAGGGAAGUUUGCAUACAAGCUGGGCGAUUUUUGACGAUUAAUCUGGCUACAAGUAUGAACACUGUCAAGACCAUGGUGUCAUACUGCAUGUUCCUACAGACCGUUAUUGUUGACGAAGAAUAAUCUAGAGUAUUACCAGUUCAGAGCAGACUUCUUGACGUCAACUAUUCUAAACCGUAUUAUGAUUGCAC